AUAGGAAAAUGUAAAGAAGUCUAUCAAAGGUCUCUCUCUCUUUUAAGUUGUCGUGUUCUCGUAUGAUUCUUCUUCUUCUUCUUCUUCAAGAUGACAAUUGCAGAUAACGCGAUUUUAUCGUCUCUUCUGUUCUCAGAUCGAUUUAAACUGAAAAUUUCUAGGCUUUGCUUCCGAUUUCGUCACUGAAACUGAAAAGUUCCUUUGCUUUUUUUUUUGUUUGUGUUCUUUUCAUGGUUUUCCGCGGGAAAAGUUCGUCUUUUUGAAGCCCUUUUGACAUAAAUAGACCAUAAGAAGAAGUUGAAGAAACAUGAAUACAACAUCAACACAUUUUGUUCCACAGAGAAGGUUUGAAAUUUACGAGCCUCUCAACCAAAUCAGUAUGUGGGAAGAAAGUUUCAAGAACAAUGGAGGCAUGUAUACACCUGGCUCUAUCAUAAUCCCGGCAAACGAAAAAACAGACAGCUUGUCAGAGGAUACUUCUCAUGGGGCAGAAGGAACUCCUCACAAGUAUGACCAAGAGGCUUCCACAUCUAGACAUCCUGAUAAGAUACAACGACGGCUUGCACAGAAUCGUGAGGCAGCUAGGAAAAGUCGUUUGCGCAAGAAAGCUUAUGUUCAGCAGCUAGAGACCAGCCGGUUGAAGCUAAUUCAUUUAGAGCAAGAACUCGAUCGUGCUAGACAACAGGGUUUCUAUGUGGGGAACGGAGUAGAAUCCAGUGCUCUUGGUUUCUCAGAUAACAUGAGCUCAGGGAUUGUUGCAUUUGAGAUGGAAUAUGGGCAUUGGGUGGAAGAACAAAAUAGGCAGAUAUGCGAACUAAGAACUGUGUUACAUGGACAAGUUAGUGAUAUAGAACUUCGAUCACUAGUCGAGAAUGCCAUGAAACAUUACUUUCAACUCUUCCGGAUGAAGUCAACUGCUGCAAAAAUUGAUGUUUUCUAUGUCAUGUCCGGAAUGUGGAAAACUUCAGCAGAGCGGUUUUUCUUGUGGAUAGGCGGGUUUAGACCCUCGGAGCUUCUCAAGGUUCUGUUACCGCAUUUUGAUCCUUUGACGGAUCAACAACUUUUGGAUGUAUGUAAUUUGAGGCAAUCAUGUCAACAAGCGGAAGAUGCGUUAUCCCAAGGUAUGGAGAAAUUGCAACAUACGUUAGCAGAGAGUGUAGCAGCCGGGAAACUUGGCGAAGGAAGUUAUAUUCCUGAAAUGACUUGUGCUAUGGAGAGAUUGGAGGCUUUGGUAAGCUUUGUAAACCAGGCUGAUCAUUUGAGACAUGAGACAUUGCAACAAAUGCAUCGGAUCUUAACGACGCGACAAGCGGCUAGAGGUUUGUUAGCAUUAGGUGAGUAUUUCCAACGGCUUCGAGCUUUGAGUUCGAGUUGGGCGGCUAAGCAACGUGAACCUACGUAAUUAAGGUAUUUGGAUUUCCAGAAAGGAUUGAAACCUUAAGGUUCGAGAAUGGAGAGUUUGGUUGUGAGUGAGGUUUUGGACAAGAACAGGAGCAAUAACAUAAGCUGCUGUUUGAUGAUGAUUCUUGUCUUGCGGCUAAAAGGAAAUGUUUGAGGGAAGUUGUAAAUAUGAUCAGCAACGUAAAGUAUAGCUUUUUAGAAACCAGAUUUUCGAUGUUUUUUCUCUCUUGUAUGUAAUACUUAUAUAUGAUUUGGCUUGUGGUAUAUAUGGUUUCAAAUGUCAUAUUCA